AUGUUAUCGUCUUCGAUAAGGUUAAUCGCAUCUGGAUUUCACCGGACUCAAACCCUAAAAUCGCCGACAAAUCCUCCGAGACACGUCACCUCCGUACCCAGAUUCUUCAACUCCGAAUCGGGUUCUCCUAGAAUCGGAUCAAAUUCAAAAUCCUCUGGUUUCAGAAUGAGCAGCGUUGAGAAAACCGGGUCGGAUUCGGGUCAAAUCGAGAAUCGGGCGAGCAGGAUGAAGGAGAAGCUAGAGAAAGAGCUCGAACCUGUGGAGUUAGUGAUCGAAGAUGUUUCGUAUCAACACGCAGGUCACGCUGGAAUGAAAGGUAGAAGAACUGAUGAAGAAACACAUUUCAAUGUGAAGAUUGUUUCGAAAGGAUUCGAAGGUAUGAAUCUGGUGAAGAGACACAGGCUUGUGUACGAUUUGCUCCGGGAAGAGCUUGAUAGUGGAUUACACGCGCUUUCGAUCGUCUCGAAGACACCAUCGGAAAUCAAUCGUUAG